AUUCAGUUGAUGGGAGGCGGCCGUGUUGAAGUGCUUCCUGAGAACCGUGCCAGAUGAGCCCAUCAAGUAAACUGCUGCAAUCUAAUUACACAGUACAGUUAAAUGCUGGGACUACAUGCAGCUGCUGGCUGUACAGUGUAUUCUUUAAGGCUCUUGGACAACUCACAGCACACAAGCCGGGCUUCACAAUCAAUCUCAACUCUGUAUGUGGGCUCACGGCUCUUCUUCACAAGCAGAUUCAGUAUUUGCGUGCUUGCAGGGUCGACUGUGAUGCCGGAUUGAACAUAAAAAUGUCACCUGAGCAACCCCGAAUUGGGUACAGCUGAGCCGAGAGCAUUGUUUCUCAGAAGUCAAGUAGAGCUCAGUUCACACAUUUUCUCGGAUAGGAAAACUUGAAACAUGCAUACGCCAGAACAUAACUCCAACUCAAGGUGAAUGUAUACAGAAAGAUUCCGCAAUACGGUGCAUGUGAACAAACACUCCUUUGUCAAUGAAGUCAAGCGAAGCGACUGGCUGCCUGCAGGCUUCGUGUGCUCUCUUGUAUCAACGCUGUGAACAAGACAACCACGGAGGACGUCAAGCAGGCAGUAUCAGGAUGUGGACCUUUUCCAUGCUUGUGCUGGCUUUAGUCACAUCAGCAGUGGCCUCACAGAGAGGACACAACAUCCAGCGUGACAAGCGGGAAAUUUUGGUCCGAUCCAAAAGAAGGUGGGUUUUGACUACAAUUGAAUUAGUUGAGGAAGACCCAGGGCCUUACCCGAAACUCGUAUCUCAGAUAUUCAAUGACAAGACAUAUCAACACAAUAAUCACAAAUAUAUUAUAAGAGGAAUGGGCGUGGACAAGGAGCCACUGGGCAUCUUCUCUCUUGAUGAAGGAAACGGGAAGAUCUACGCCCAUAAACCCAUCGAUAGAGAGACGCACAGCUUCUUCCACAUCAAGUUUGACAUUUUGGACAAACAAACAGGAAGAGCAAUCGACAGAGAAUUAGCAUUUGAUGUUGCCAUAAAAGACAUCAAUGACAAUGCACCAAAAAUUUUUCUUCCCCAAAUGAGCGCUGAUGUAAGGGAGGACACAGUCGAGGGCUACCUGCCAAUUAGGAUGGAGGUGAUCGACCCUGAUCAAGAGAACAGCCCAAACUCGACAGUUACCCUGAGUGUGGUAUCUCAGUCACCGCAGGUUCCGAAAAUUGACUUACACCAGAUUGAUCCCCGAAUGGCUCAACUUACAUUUAAAGGGUGUUUUGACUAUGAUAAGCUCAAUAUAUAUGAAGUAAUUCUUCAAGCGAAAGAUCAUGGAAAACCCUCCCUAUCGUCCACCGCUGUUGUCACUUUCAAUAUUAUCGACACCAACAGUCAUCCACCAAUGUUCAAAGCAAGGAAGUAUCAGGUUGAAAUUCCAGAAAUGGUGACAAGGGAGAAUUUUUUAAGGCUUGCUAUAGAGGACAAAGACACUCCAAAUACCCCCGGUUGGCGAGCCAAAUACUUCAUCAUCAAAGGAAAUGAGGAAAACAAUUACAAAAUUGAAACUGACCCUGACACUAAUGAGGGUGUUCUGAGUGUCGUCAAGGGGAAAGAUUUCGAGGAAUCCGCUUUUAUUAACCUUCAGAUUGGAGUUGAGAAUGAGGAGCCUUUAUUUGUAUGUAAAGAUGCAGCACCCAAAAUCAAAGGCAUCUCUGACUCAAUUAACGUCACAAUCAAAGUGAUUGAUGUCAACGACCCACCUCAGUUUGACAAAGAGUCGGUUGACAUCUAUGAGAAGGAAGAGGAGGAGCCAGGAAAGUUGCUAUACACUCCAAAGGUUCAUGACGUUGAUUCGGAUGUUUCCAAAAUUAGUUUUGUCUUGUUAGAUGAUCCUGCUGAUUGGGUGAGCGUUGAUAAAAAAACAGGACACCUAAGAACCACUGGGAAGAUGGACAGAGAGUCACCCUUUGUUCACGAUGACAUUUACAAAAUAGUGAUUGCUGCAGUCGAUGAUGGUGAGCCUCCAGCCUCAGGCACGAGUAGCAUCUUGGUUCACCUUCUGGAUAUUAAUGAUAACAAGCCAAAGCUGAGAUAUAAUAGUGUUACAAUGUGUGGAAACAAAGUCAUGCUUGCUGCAAAAGAUCAGGACUUGCAUCCUUACGGCGGGCCCUACACCGUCUCACUCAAGAGUGAUGAUGCAACCCAAUUACAGCGAUGGAAAGUGGACCCUACCACAGGUGAGGAGGUUGGGCUAGUUAGCCUGAAGACACUUGCCUACGGCAAUUACUCAGUGCCCCUUGUGAUUGAAGACCAACAGGGCUUAAGCGGAGAGGAUACUGUCAUCGUAAGUGUGUGUGACUGCGAAGGAGGAAACGUGUGUCGCCAUAAGCAGCCACUCUCAACAAGUCUGGGACCAGCCAGCAUUGGACUGAUUCUUGCAGCACUGCUCUUAUUUUUAUUAAUCUUCUUUAUCUUGGUGUGCGAAUGUGGGAAACAGUUCAAGCACUUAUCCGAGGUCCAACAAGAUGAGGGUCAACAGACCCUAAUCAAGUACAACCAAGAAGCAGGAGGCGCAGAAUGCAAGACGGUGCCACCUUUGCUGCUGACACAUUCAAAGGAGUUAGAUACAACUGUGAGAAAUGGGCUGAAGCAGAGAACGAUGCAGAUGGCUAAGGUGGCUCCAGUAAUGAUUGAAGAAUUGGAUACUUACAACUCAGGGAUGGUGAGUAACAAGUACUCUGCAUGGUCUGCAAACAUGAACACAUAUCAGGGAGGCUCGUUGAAGUAUCAGCAGGCAAGGAGCUUGUUGUCCAAUCGCAACAUUUCAGAUUACCUCAACAGGAGACUGCAUGAGAUUGACGGAAACCCUGUGGACCACCCAGAGUACCAACCACAUAAGUACAUGUACGAGGAAGAAGAGAGCGGGUGUCAGUCACUGGAGGGACUGUCCUUCAGCGGCUGUGGAGAAGACUUCCUGUUUAUGAAUGAUUUGGGACCAAAGUUUAAGCACUUUGGCAGCAUCUGCAACCAGCUCAUGCAGGAAAAAGGCACACACGUUUAAAAAGGGCAACACUGGAUACUUACUGUAUUUGUUUCAGGCGAUUACUGGCAGUGUGGGCCAAUCGCAAUGUUGCUGCCUGGGGGUGGGGGAGAUGAAUGUCACGGGGAGUGCUGGGAAGCUGGGUGCCGGUCGCUGUCAACAUGCAUCCGUCGUCUGUUUUGCUGUACGUUUUUCCAAACAAGGAACCACACAUAACAUUUCUUUGGUGUGUAGGGUGGUGUUUUAUUUGUUUUAUUGGCAGGCCAAAUAUGUUUGAGAGCCCCUUGGAAAGUAUUUGUCGGCAGGGGGGGUCGGGUGGGUGUGUUGUUGGGGGGUUGCUGUGGACGCGCCACCCACCCCUACCUCAGGUGGUGCCAGGGGGGCACUGCCCCCUUGAACACCCCCAAAACAGCACAAGUUGUUUUGUUAAUUUCAUUUGCUUCGGCUUUGUUCUGAAAUGAGUUUGUUUAUCCACGAAAAAGAAUACGAAUGACACUUUUUGCAUGGGCCUCUACUUGAUUUGCAUGAGAACGAAUUGAAUUGCUUGCUUUUUUGUUUUACUUAGGGUACAUUUGACUUUAUAUUAUUUCUAUGUUGCUUCACAGCACAGCAUUAUUUUAAAACAUUCACAGUAUUUGGAAAAGAAGGCACAUGUAACUUGGAAAUAUAUUACGGUUCAUUCUGACAGUACAAUUUACAUCACUACGGUACUAUUGUCUGGCGACCACACUGAAAAAAACAUGUGUUGAAUAUACUCACUUUCAUUUUGGCAAGUGGUUGCACAAAAUAAAAUCAUCUGGUGCCAGAUCCAUUUUUAAGUAGGUUUAUAGAGAACAUAAAGCAUGUAUCAGAGGCCUUUUAAUAACCUGUUGACACUGUCUUGUUCACUAUGCAAAAGCACUUGCCAAA